AUGGCUGCAAGUGGUGGCCGGGCCUUUGCUUGGCAGGUGUUCCCUCCUAUGCCCACCUGCCGGGUUUACGGCACUGUGGCACACCAAGAUGGGCACCUGCUGGUGUUGGGGGGCUGUGGCCGGGCUGGACUUCCCCUAGACACUACUGAGGCACUGGAUAUGGCCUCACACACAUGGCUGGCACUGGCGCCUCUGCCCACUGCCCGGGCUGGCGCUGCUGCCGUUGUGCUGGGCAAGCAGGUGCUAAUGGUGGGUGGCGUGGAUGAGGGCCAGAGCCCAGUAGCUGCUGUGGAAGCAUUCCUGGCUGAUGAGGGCCGCUGGGAGCGCCGGGCCACCCUCCCUCAGGCAGCCAUGGGAGUUUCGACUGUGGAGAGAGAUGGUAUGGUGUAUGCUCUGGGGGGAAUGGGCCCUGACACGGCCCCCCAGGCCCAGGUACGGGUAUAUGAGCCCCGCCGGGACUGCUGGCUUUCGCUACCCUCCAUGCCCACACCCUGCUACGGGGCCUCCACCUUCCUGCACGGGAACAAGAUCUAUGUCCUGGGAGGCCGUCAAGGCAAGCUCCCAGUGACUGCUUUUGAGGCCUUUGACCUGGAGGCCCGUACCUGGACCCGGCACCCAAGCCUGCCCAGUCGCCGGGCCUUUGCUGGCUGUGCCAUGGCUGAAGGCAGUGUCUUUAGUUUGGGCGGCCUGCAGCAGCCGGGGCCCCACAAUUUCUACUCGCGUCCACACUUUGUCAACACUGUGGAGAUGUUCGACCUGGAGCAUGGGUCCUGGACCAAGCUGCCCCGCAGCCUGCGUAUGCGAGAUAAGAGGGCCGACUUUGUGGUCGGCUCCCUCGGGGGCCACAUUGUGGCUAUCGGGGGACUUGGAAACCAGCCGUGCCCUCUGGGCUCUGUGGAGGGCUUCAGCCUUGCACGGCGGCGCUGGGAAGCACUGCCCACCAUGCCCACCGCCCGCUGCUCCUGCUCCAGCCUACAGACUGGGCCUCGACUAUUUGUUAUUGGGGGUGUGGCCCAGGGCCCCAGCCAAGCCGUGGAGGCACUGUGCCUGCGUUAG